AACACAUCUGCGAUUUAUCUCUUUCAAUUUUAUAGAAACCCUCCUUAGGCGUGCAUUUCACAGUCAUUUGAUCCCACCUUUUUCCUUAUGUGCACUGCGACCCAGGCCACAACUUGCCCUUCCCCCUGAUUCCAGUUCACGCUAUCUUACACUGAAGUCAACACUCAACGAACGAACCCAAACCCACCAAAGAUGCAGCUCAAGAUUAUGCUCAUGGCCGCUAUAGCCGCUUUUGCCACCGCCCAAGAGGUCCCAGACACCGGCGGGAUCCCUGCUUGCGCCACCAACUGCAUUGAAAGCGUGUUCCCCCUCAGUGGCUGCGCCCACCUCUACGACUUCCCCUGUCUUUGUCAGGCCGAUGAGGAGUACAACACGGUCAUCGCCAGCUGCAUCGUCGGAGCUUGCAGCUUCAAAGACGUGGUUGCCAUGAUCCAGUGGAAGACCGAUACUUGCGCUAGUUAUGGGGUGGAGUGGCCUUAAAUUGGCAUAUUUUAGAGCUUACUCGGCCCUUGAAAUGCUGGAGGCGCCACAAACUUCACAGAGUCGCACCAAUACACGUCUACAGGUAGCUAGUCUAGCUACUAGUAACUACGACUUGCAUUUAAGAUGA